UCCUUGAUUAUGGGAUGUGUUGAGAGUUUCCUUCUAAUCAUGCUCGUGUUACUGGUGGGAAAAGAAGGGGUUGACGGAUGUUGGAGGGAACGGGCAUGGUUGGUUGGUCGUUCUGGAAGUAUGAGCCCCUUCCAUGCCAUGUUAUCAUUGGGGUGAGGAGUUAUGAUUUGGAGGGGAAGGGGAGAUGCUUGAUUCUGCGACUGGAGUCUAAGGCCAGGUAUCAGGAUCCUCCCUAGCCAGCCAAUUUCCCCCUGGUUUGAUAUCUCACCUUGAAAGGAAGAGAGGAAUGUGGGAUCUUUUAGCAUUUAAAUUGUAGGACUUUAUAGUUCCCAUGUCCUGUGUAAUAUGGUAGUUACGAUUGCUUAUUGCUGUGCCUACCCAUGUGUUGUAAAUUAAUCCAUAAAUUUCAUUUUUUUUUAAAUUGGAUUAGAGACCGCAGAGCCUUUAUGUAUUACAAACAUUCCUGGGGUUUAUGCAGGACCUUGAGAUAAGACUUAGGGCUCUUCCAGUAUAUUAUUUGUCAUCGAGACAUGUCUUUGAGAAACUGAGGUACAGGUGUUAAAGUAUUAAAUUGUUUACCUAGACUCAGAGCCAAUCUAAGGUAGAUUUAAAAUUAAUAUUUUGUGUAAUAACUUUUCUGAAGUUUGUAAAGUUGUUGGACUUUGUCCUCUAGAGCCUUACAAUGGAAUAAGUCAACAGGAAGUCCUUCCUAGUUUGAAAGUGCUUAUCAAAGGAGAUUUAAAAAGACACAAGCAAGUAAUUCAGACUCAGUUUCACUCACAAUAAAGUGCAGUGAUAGGAAUGGAUGGAAGUAAAAGAUGGUCAAGAACUCUUGGAGCUCACAGCUUUCCUUCAACAUGGCAAGUGAAAAUGCAAUGUAUUGGACCUUCUCCAGUCUUCCUCUUAGCAUUUCUACAUCAUCUCUACUCCUGAUGCCAACCAGUGCCAGGAACCAGGUUAUCAAUGCAGUGGCCUUGAAAGUUUUACCAAACUUUCAGAUAUUUGCUGAAACCAAUAAUUACCAAAGAAGAAGACUGCAAAAGCUUCCUUAUAAUUCCUACUCAAGUUCAAGGGCAGGGAGAUUGUGAAUUGUCGGAUGCACUUCAGUGAAGAAGUGGGCCGGUGUGUAUAAUCAUGGAAUCGCCUCCAUAACCAUCACCACCUGCUCUCCUUGAUAAGAGAGAGAGUGGGUAGGGAUAGAAAGAAAAGAGGUCAUCAUGAAGCUAAAGCAGCGAGUUGUGCUGUUAGCAAUUCUGCUUGUCAUCUUUAUCUUCACCAAAGUUUUUCUGAUUGACAACUUAGAUACAUCAGCUGCCAAUCGGGAGGACCAGAGGGCUUUUCACCGAAUGAUGGGUGGCUUGCGGGUGGAACUGGUGCCCAAGCUGGACCACACCUUGCAGUCUCCUUGGGAGAUUGCCGCCCAGUGGGUAGUCCCCCGAGAAGUGUAUCCUGAAGAGACACCAGAGCUGGGGGCCAUCAUGCAUGCCAUGGCCACCAAAAAAAUCAUUAAAGCUGAUGUGGGUUAUAAAGGGACACAACUGAAAGCCUUACUGAUACUUGAAGGAGGACAGAAAGUGGUCUUCAAACCUAAGCGGUAUAACCGAGACUAUGUGGUAGAAGGGGAACCAUAUGCUGGUUAUGAUAGACACAAUGCAGAGGUAGCAGCCUUUCAUUUGGACAGGAUUUUAGGUUUCCGCCGAGCCCCCCUGGUGGUUGGCAGAUUUGUGAAUCUGCGCACAGAGAUCAAGCCCGUUGCCACAGAACAGCUCUUGAGCACCUUCCUGACUGUAGGAAAUAACACUUGUUUCUAUGGAAAGUGCUAUUACUGCCGGGAAACAGAGCCAGCUUGUGCUGAUGGAGACACGAUGGAGGGAUCUGUCACACUUUGGCUUCCAGAUGUGUGGCCUCUGCAGAAACACCGACACCCGUGGGGCAGGACUUACCGAGAGGGCAAAUUGGCCAGGUGGGAGUAUGAUGAGAGCUACUGUGAUGCUGUGAAGAAAACAUCCCCAUAUGACUCCGGUCCACGCCUUCUGGACAUCAUUGACACCGCUGUCUUCGACUACCUGAUUGGCAAUGCUGACCGCCAUCACUACGAGAGCUUUCAAGACGAUGAAGGCGCGAGUAUGCUCAUCCUGCUCGAUAAUGCUAAAAGCUUUGGGAACCCCUCGCUGGAUGAGAGAAGCAUCCUUGCCCCUCUCUAUCAGUGUUGCAUCAUUCGGGUUUCUACCUGGAACAGACUGAACUACCUAAAGAAUGGUGUGCUGAAGUCUGCCUUAAAAUCUGCCAUGGGCCACGACCCCAUCGCCCCAGUGCUCUCUGAUCCUCAUCUGGACGCUGUGGACCAGCGGCUCCUGAGUGUCCUGGCCACCGUGAAGCAGUGCACUGACCAGUUUGGGAUGGACACUGUGCUGGUGGAAGACAGGAUGCCGCUCUCCCACUUGUAACUUGCAACACAAAAUAAUUGAAACUUCUUUUUACAAAGAUAGAGAAACAGCACAAUCAAUUCCAAAUGGUAUGAGAUGGAUUGGAAAUGACCAGCAGCAAGUUCUGGUGAUCGGGGGCAGGGUACCUUGGAUUUCUUUGGUGUUUUCUAUACUAGAAGCUAAAGCAAAGACUACAAGUUUCAGACAAUGGAAAUGUUCCUGCUGAACCACCUUCUGAGUUCCUGGGCAUUUGCCUGUUCUAGCAGUGGGCAGCAGAGUCGGUCAGUCUUGAGUCUUAGGCCAAAGAGAGGCUUGACAUUAGGAUAAGUUAACGCUGGUAUUGGUUCUAGAGUAUGUGUUUUGAAUUCAACCUUACGUCCUUUCUCCACACCUGUGGAUUUUCUGAAGAUAUUUUGCAGCCUCUUGAAUCCUUUUUUACCAAGAUUAGUCACCUUGGGCUAGCUGCCUCCCCAGGAGUGGCUGCAUAUAAAACCUGGCAUUC